AGUUCGGGAAAUCCGUUGCGCGCCGCUGCUGAUAUAUACUCGAUUUUGACUGUGUAUUUUAUACUGAAUCAGGUCUUUGAGAUUUGCUGUUAAUUCAGAUUUUAGAAGCUUUCAAUCGAUGAAUAUGGCAACGGCGGCGGCGAUUGUGUUAACAGCUUUUCUUCUCUUCGGCCACGCCGCCGUGCAAGGGCUGAGAUUUGACGCUAAGAAGGGCGAAUUCAGGAUUCUGCAGGUGGCGGAUAUGCACUUCGGCGACGGCCGGACAACUCCCUGCGAGGAUGUGUUCCCGUACGAGAUGAAAACCUGCUCCGAUCUGAACACCACCGCCUUCCUCCGCCGUAUGAUCCGCAACGAGAAACCUGACCUCAUAAUCUUCACUGGGGACAAUAUCUUCGGGUUCGAUGCCACAAACGCAAAAAUUUCCAUGAAUGCUGCGUUUGCUCCGGCCAUAGCUUCGAACGUUCCGUGGGCAGCUAUUCUUGGAAAUCAUGAUCAGGAGUCUACCCUACCGAGGAAGGAGGUGAUGAAGCACAUUGUGGGGUUGAAGAACACUCUGUCUAAGUUCAAUCCUGCUGAAGCUCCUGAUAUUGAUGGAUAUGGGAAUUACAAUUUGGAAGUUUUCGGAGCCGAAGGUUCGAACCUGUCGAGUAAAUCGGUUCUCAAUCUGUAUCUCCUCGACAGCGGCGAUUACUCAACUGACAUGCCUACCAUUAUCGGCUACGACUGGAUCAAGCCGACUCAGCAAGUCUGGUUUCAGAAAACGUCUUCCAGGCUUCAGGCGAGCAACCCGGCGCCAGGGCUUGCAUACUUCCACAUUCCAUUGCCUGAAUUUGAAAGCUUCGACAAGCCCAACAUUACAGGUGUGAGGCAGGAAGACACUGGCUCUCCAAUGGUGAACUCAGGCUUUUUGACGACUAUGGUGUCGGCAGGGGAUGUGAAGGCUGUGUUUGUCGGCCACGAUCAUAUUAAUGACUUCUGUGGAGAGUCGAUGGGCAUUCAUAUGUGCUAUGCCGGGGGGUUCGGAUAUCACGCUUAUGGAAAAGCCGGAUGGUCUAGGAGAGCCAGGAUGGUGGUGGCAUGUCUGGAGAAAACAGACGAUGGAUCGUAUGGUCAAGUCGAGAGUAUCAAAACCUACAAACGUCUCGAUGAUAAACACUUCACUCCAAUUGAUUACCAAUUGCUUUGGAGCAAGAACUCCGGGCAAUAACCUCGUGUUUGUCAACAUUAUUCACAUAGCUUUUUUUGUUUCUUUUAAUCUGUAGCAUAACUGAUUUUACCUAGCACACCAGAUUUUGUGAAUUUUUUGAAGGUGCAUUUGAAUCUUUUGAAUAAGAAGGAUUUUGAAUUCGAAA